AUGAAAGCUGGCCCAGUCCAAUCGCGCCUCGGAAAGUGGUACCCGAUCAGCUUUUUCAUAGCCGCCAUCGUCUUUUUCAUCAUCGGUGGUGCGCUCCUCGGUACAUACUUUAGCUCUGGCUACUCUUCCUGCGGCAGUUACUAUUAUUAUGGCGACUACUACGACAGUGGAACCUGUUUCGAUGGCAAUAAUGGCGAGUUCUAUGGUGGGAUCGCCUGUCUUGUCAUCGGUGGUGUGCUGAAGCUCACUGCCUGGAUCCUUUUCAUUAUCUGGUGCGUCAAGCGCCAGCGCAACAACCAGACCAAUAUCACCUAUGUCAACAACGCACCCAUGGAACCAUACCCACAGCAACAGCAAACAUAUGCUGCUCCCCAGCCUAUGUACCCUAUGCAACAAGGGGGUGGAUUCGCACCUCGCUCUGCUGCUGCCUCCCCAGGCCCAAUGUAUGCUGAAGCUGGAUCUCAGUCAGUUGUCGGUACGCCCCCUCCCAAGGAAGGUGUUGCGUCAGCCACAGCGUACAAAUACUGUGGUCAGUGUGGAACAGCUGCAAAUGGCCGAUUCUGUGGUCAGUGUGGUGCUCCCUGCUGA